CCUUUCCGAGCUCUUUCGCUCAACCACGGGUAGAUUACCGUUCUGCUAAACAUAGCGUUCGGUCUUGCCCUUCCCGAUUCAAGUAGACUUCUUUGCUUCUUUCGAACUCUUAAGGUUCGGCGUUCAGCAGUUGGCUCGUGUGAAGCUUGAGUCAGUUCCCAUUUUGACGGGCGUCCCCAGCAGCAGCGCAUUUCAGGCGGCGGCAGCGACUUUUUAGCAGCACAGCGCCAGGAUGCCGAAGAACAAGGGCAAGGGUGGUAAGAACCGUAAGAGGGGAAAGAACGAGAACGAGGAGGAGAAGCGCGAGCUGGUCUACAAGGAGGACGGCCAGGAGUAUGCCCAAGUGAUCCGCAUGCUCGGAAACGGCCGCCUUGAGGCGCAGUGCAUUGACGGCAAGAAGCGUCUAUGCAACAUCCGCGGCAAGAUGCGGAAGAAGGUGUGGGUGGCCCAGGGUGACAUCGUGCUGGUGGGUCUUCGCGACUACCAGGACGAGAAGGCGGACGUCAUUAUGAAGUACACAGCGGAUGAGGCGCGUGUGCUGAAGCAGUACGGUGAGCUGCCGGAGCACAUUCGUAUCAACGACACGGACGUCAUCUUCGAGGGCGAGGACAAGGAGAACCAGGAGUACUUCGACUUCGACGACAUUGCAGAGAUUUGAGCUGGGGCUUUCAGCCUACAGCCCUUUCGUCUGCAAUCCUGCGGACCACUUGUUACGCGGCGGCUCAUUGUGGAGCCGCCAUUUCAGCUUGAUAAUCGCAAACCUGUCCAAUGCCGUGCACAGUGCUCCUGCUAGUGUGCUUGCUAUUCAGCCCAAAGUGGAGGUACGGAAGCAAAUGCAAGCAGCCCGGUGGCUCAGGGUAUGGCCGUGUAAGGGAGGAGUCGCCCAAGGGGCAGAGCUUGCCACCGGCGCGGGUGGCAGCAAUAGCGCAGGCAGUUGGUGUGCGGUUGGGGUGUAGGUGCACGCGCGGUAUUAGUUUGCGAAGUCGUUGCACGAUGGGGAGCCGCUGUGGGGGCACCAGCUGCGGUGACGGCAUGCUGAGCGGGUUACAUGGGCACCACCAAUGUGGUGAACCUUAUGAGUGCAAAUUACUGGAGUG